UGGUAUAUGCAAUAAAAGAGUUACACGUCGAUUUAGAGCAUCUCCGAAACAAAUAAUGAAAUGCAUAAAUAAAAGAACGCGGGGGAGCACUUGGUCUGUAAGUUAUCAGCGGUAUCCCGCUGGGUUUUGCCUUGGGACCGAUAGAGCUUUCGCCCCCCCAUCCUUUCUCGCGACUGACACUCCUCCGUGCAGUCGCAGAGAAUCAACAGCUUCUUUCACACUGAGGAUGAGGAUGGUGCCACACAUGUAGAAGAGCAUGAUAGAUCCGUGGAUUCCGUAGAGCGAACAGUUGUGAAUGAAAGACGCGAAGGCAACCGUAGCGAGAGGAGCCGUGCGUUUUCUUCUUCUUCUUCUUUUUUCUCCCCGGGCUGAAAUUUCUCAAGGCGUGAAUUCGCUCAUCUAGUCCACGAAUGCUGAGAUUUAACGAGACUUUCCGUCCCGGUGACAUAUAGACAAAAAAAAAAGCCAUUCAUGUUGCAACCUCGAGCUUCAUGACAAUGGAUUAUUCGCUGUUAUUAUACAGCCUUUGGGUACCCGUUAUUCUCGCCGUUGAGGAGACUCUUAUGGACAGCAGGUGGGCUACUACAGAGCUGGCGUGGACCACCUAUCCAGAAAGCGGGUGGGAGGAAGUAAGUGGAUAUGAUGACCACUUGAGCCCCAUCAGGACAUACCAGGUCUGUAAUGUACUGGAGCCCAAUCAGAACAACUGGCUCCGGACAGACUUCAUCCCUCGUCGAGGAGUCCUUCGAGUCUACGUGGAGCUCAAGUUCUCAGUGCGGGACUGUGGCAGUAUUCCCAAUAUUCCGGGGUCCUGCAAGGAGACCUUUAAUCUGUUCUACUAUGAAUCAGAUGGAGACAUGGCCACAGCAAGCAGCCCGCCAUGGAGGGAGAACCCCUACGUAAAGGUGGACACCAUAGCCCCUGACGAGAGCUUCUCAUUGCUGGAGUCCGGAAUCGUAAACACCAAAGUACGAAGCUUUGGUCCCCUUUCCAAAGCUGGUUUCUACCUGGCCUUCCAGGACCUGGGCGCCUGCAUGUCCCUCAUCUCGGCCAGGGUUUUCUUUAAAAAGUGCUCCACCACAAUUGCCAACUUCGCUGUCUUCCCCGAGACGGCCACCGGUGCCGAGGCCACCUCUCUGGUCAUCGCCGCCGGAGCCUGUGUGCCAAACGCCAUAGAGGAAUCGGUCCCUCUAAAGCUGUACUGCAACGGAGAUGGAGAAUGGAUGGUUCCCGUGGGAGCGUGCACCUGCAUGCCGGGCUUUGAGCCGGCCAAGAAAGAUACUCAGUGCCAGGCGUGCACCCCAGGGACCUUCAAAUCCAAACAGGGAGAGGGUUCUUGUAUGCCGUGCCCUUCCAACAGCCGGGCCAGCUCUAGGGCGUCCAGCAUUUGCCCUUGUCAAAGCGGCUACUACCGUGCUGACAGCGACCCCCCUGACGCGGCCUGCACUACUGUUCCCUCGGCUCCCUUAAAUGUGAUCUCCAGCGUGAACGAGACUUCGGUGUCGCUGGAGUGGUCCGAGCCGCGGGACUUGGGCGGGAGAGGUGACGUGGUGUAUAACGUGGUGUGUAAGAAGUGCCUGCACGACGGCGGGUCCUGUGCGCGCUGCGAUGAUAACGUGGAGGUGUCUCCGAGGCGGCUGGGUCUGGCCGAGAGGCAGGCGGCGGUGAGGAACCUGCAAGCUCACACCCAUUACAGCUUUGAGAUUCAGGCUGUCAACGGAGUGUCCCCCAAGAGCCCAUCCACCCCGCAAUAUGCCACUGUCAAUAUCACCACCAAUCAAGCAGCUCCAUCAGCGGUCCCCACCGUCCACUUAAUGCGGGCCACAGCUGGCACUCUCAGCCUCUCCUGGCUGCCCCCAGAGCGGCCCAAUGGCGUGAUCCUGGAUUAUGAGAUCAAGUACCAGGAGAGGGGAGAGUCGUUCUCGCAUACCGUCACUGCACAGCACACUUCUGCCAAAGUGGAGGGUUUAAAAGCUGGCACGGUAUACGUCGUGCAGGUACGUGCUCGGACAGUAGCCGGUUACGGACGCUAUAGCAGCCCUGUGGACUUCAGUACAAGUCUGUAUGAUGACCCAGAGCGUUCAGUGCAGGACCUGUUGCCGCUCAUUGUGGGCUCUGCCUCGGCUGGAUUUGUGGUCAUCCUCGCCAUGGUGGUCAUCGCCAUUGUCUGCCUUAAACGGCAGCGUACUGGCUCUGAGCUGGAGUACACUGAAAAACUGCAGCAGUACGUAUCCCCCGGUGUAAAAGUUUAUAUUGACCCUUUUACAUAUGAAGACCCGAACGAGGCCGUUCAUGAGUUUGCCCGAGAGAUCGACAUCUCAUGUGUGAAGAUAGAGGAAGUCAUUGGAGCAGGAGAGUUCGGGGAGGUGUGUCGAGGCCGACUCAAGCAGCCUGGCCGAAAGGAAAUGACCGUGGCCAUUAAGACGCUCAAGGCAGGCUACACCGAGCGCCAGAGACGAGACUUCCUUAGCGAGGCCAGCAUUAUGGGGCAGUUUGACCAUCCCAAUGUCAUCCACUUGGAGGGCGUUCUGACCAGAAGUUGCCCGGUGCUCAUUGUUACGGAGUUCAUGGAGAACGGAGCGCUCGACUCUUUCCUAAGACUGAACGACGGCAGGUUUACGGUAACGCAGCUGGUUGGCAUGUUGAGGGGGAUCGCAGCUGGCAUGAAGUACCUGUCUGACAUGAAUUACGUCCACCGCGACCUGGCCGCCCGCAACGUGCUCGUCAACAGCAACCUAGUGUGCAAAGUGUCCGAUUUCGGCCUUUCUCGCUUCCUGGAUGAUAACUCGUCGGACCCCACCUACACGAGCUCAUUGGGGGGAAAGAUCCCAAUCCGCUGGACCGCCCCCGAGGCCAUCGCCUUCAGAAAGUUCACCUCUGCGAGUGAUGUGUGGAGCUACGGGAUUGUGAUGUGGGAGGUUAUGUCAUUCGGGGAGCGGCCAUACUGGGACAUGAGCAAUCAAGAUGUAAUGAACGCAGUGGAGCAGGACUACAGGCUGCCUCCUCCCAUGGACUGCCCCGCAGUGCUGCACCAGCUCAUGCUGGAGUGCUGGGUGAAGGAGCGGAACAUGAGGCCGCGCUUCGGACAGAUCGUCAGCACACUUGACAAGCUCCUCCGCAACGCCGCGAGCCUCAAAGUGCUUACCAGCACACACUCAGGUGAUCUCUGUCGAGUUGGCGGGACCCUGCCGGGCCAUCAGAGGAAGAGUAUAGGAGAUGCACAAGACAUGAAACAACAAAUGAGCCAAACUCUGCCCAUACGGGUUUGACUGAUUAAAAAGAACACCUGCUGAGCCUCCAGGCUAGCAACAAAUUCCCAUUUGAAGAGUAAACCUGACUGGGACAAUCCAUAAAAAGCCAAUGGAAAAUUACUGGAGCCGACUAUUGCUUGAAGAGCCAAUGGAAAACCUGUAUACAAUUUGGGACAGUGUCGCACCCCUCCCGAGGAGCCUGUGGAAAACUACGGCGUGUCCAAUGGAAAACUGUAUGGGCCUGACGGGCAGCCUGUCUAUGGGGCACCUGGGGAGUGCUGGGAAAACACAGCACAUGUUAAUUGGAAUUCUGUGCGAUGGCGCCUCAGGCAAUCGUCUUUGUUCUUUCCCUCCCUUUUGCCAUGACUUUCUCGUGUUUACACUGAAUUUUCAUUACAUGGAUUAAAUUGACGACGUUUCUACUUCUCAGGUUCAGUUUGCAUGUGUGCAUGUGUUUCUCUAAUGGCAAAAAGCGAUCACUCUCUUCCGUGACUCCAAUCCCUUCCAUUCUUCCUCUCAUUUGCCGAGGCCACAAACGAUGAGACGGACUCGAGAAUUAUAAGCUAACUGUAAUAAUGUUUUAAAAAUGUAUUAAAUGUAAGCCUGGGCUGUUUGAUGUUGGCUUGAGGACAAUUUGCCGCUCUUUUUCCCCUCAAAGACUUGCUUCUUCUGAUCUUUUCUUCAUAUUGAAGAAAGGAAGAGAGGAGUGGAACACAGGAAAGUUAUAAACUAGCCAGGACGGACUCAAACUAAAACUUUUUCAGAAUGAGAAGAGGACAUUUUCAAUGAAUGGAAAGUCCUUUAAGGGCGAGUUGACUUUAAAAAAAAGCGGACUGUUACGAUUCAAGGAAAAAUGUUUUAUUUACCUCUGUUGUAUUUUGUCUUCCAUGAAACGCUCUUGAGAGAUUUCUCCACGCGGAGGACUUCGGACUACGAUUUAAAAACUCCCGUUUCCCCUGCCUGUGAGCGAGCGGGAAUUGUGCUCUAUGUGUGUAUGCGUGUGUGUGUAUGUGUGUGUGUGUACAGUAUGCUCAUGUGUGCUUGAGAGAGCCAGUCGAGCUCUACAGCUUUACAUGCAUGCCAUAUUCAAAACUCAAACCUAUCCGAGAGGUGAGGCGACGACAGUUUGACUCGAGAGCUGUUGUUUGAUGAAUAUUCCACUUAUUUUAAUUCAGUCUGUUCAAAUAUGCAUAACUGUGUAAAUAAAUGCCUCAUAAGAACUGAA